CGAACUGCCGAUCAUGUUGGUCGCUCGUAAGAUCUCCGUCCUUGGACGCGCGGGGACAUCAACUUCAUCCCGAGCAUCCUUCAGCAGCAUCUACAUGCCAGGCCACCAUACGUUCCUCAAGACGGUGCCGUACGCACCGCCGCCGUGGGCAGCAGCCCUGACCAAUCCACCCACGGAGCGAGUCGUGCUGGGGAACUUCCCCACCCCCAUCUUUCCAUUCCGGCCACCUGGACUGCCUGAAGGCGUCCAAAUGUUCAUCAAGCGCGAUGAUUACAGCGGCCUGGAGAUGUCCGGUAACAAGGCCCGAAAACUCGAAUUCUUGCUGGCAGAAGCCUUGCGUGAAGGCGCCGACUGCGUCGUCACAUGUGGAGGUGUUCAGAGCAACCACUGCCGCGCGACAGCAGUUUCCGCGCGCAUGUUGGGCUUGGACUCGUACUUGCUCCUGCGGACGAGCGAUACCGAGUCGGACCCAGGACUUAUCGGCAAUCUCCUUAUCGACCGCCUAGUGGGCUCUGAGCUCAUCCUCGUGCCCCGACUCGAGUACGCCAAGCAAGGCGGCGGCGACUACUUUAUCGAAAAGACCGUCGAGAAACUGCGCCUGCAAGGCCGCAAGCCGUACGGGAUCCCUGUCGGUGGCAGCAAUGGGCUUGGCACAUGGGGAUACCUGGAGUCAAUUGAAGAGAUGGAGCACCAAUUCAAGGACCUCAACAUCACCGUCACCGACGUUGCUUUCGCCUGUGGUAGCGGUGGCUCGGCGGCCGGUCUUGGCGUUGGCGCGUAUUUGUAUGCGCAGACCCACCAGGACAGUUCGCUGCAGUUCAACCGCCUCGCCUCCCCUCCUGUUCACGCCUACAUCGUAUGCGACUCGCCCAAGUACUUUUACGAUCACGUCGACAACAAGAUCCUGCCAGAGAUGGGGUUCAAAGUCGCAGCAGCAGAUAGAUCGUUUUCGGCCAAGGACUGCCUCCAAAUGACGGAUGCGCAGGGCGCGGGGUAUGCCACCAGCACCAAGGACGAGCUCGUGUACAUCUCGCAGGUCGCCCGCGAGACGGGCGUGCUGCUGGACCCGGUCUACUCUGGUAAGGCGCUGUACAUGCUCGUGAAGGACUUGCAAGACCAUCCAGACAAGUUUGCGGGCAAGAGCAUCCUCUUCAUCCACACGGGGGGCAUGUUUGGACUGUACGACAAAGUUGGCGACCUCAUUGACGACGUCGUCGCGACCAACGAUGUCUCGGUCUUCACAGCGUGAAUCCAACGCGGCAUGCGCCGCCAAACGAUCGAGCAAAGCCAUAAGAUUCACCGAUUUUUUGACUCGGCCGGCCAAAUCUUGAACAAACCAACAGGUAGCGAGGACGACAGUGCGGCCACAGCUCGUCGGCCCGUUGUCCCAUGAGGUUGCAACGUGCCUUGCCCGCGAGAGCUG